AUGGUUCCGAGUGAAUGUGAGAGCGACUACAAGUUUUACGAGUCCAAACUGAGCGAUACUCGCUCUAUUUCUGCUCAGUACCUAGCUUCAAUUGAGAAGCGCAUCGUGUCACCUAUUUAUUCAACGAAGAAUACAUUCAACCAUCGCUGUACACUGCGCACACCCGCAAGAAAGUUCCCCAGUAAAAAGAACGAUAAACAUAGAUUUCUCCGAAUGCCCAUGAAGAACUGGGCAAUCCAAGCACCUGGAACAUAUAGAAGCACGCAAUCGAGAAGACACGCACAUGUGUAG